CCUUCACACUGAACACUUGCAAAUAGCAUUCAUUGCCCGGACCGGCAGCGUGAGCAGUGAGCAAUCGCGGUACUGCGCGGGGUUCAGCAGCUCGACGUGAAUGAAAACAACUUGAACCAGGAAGCAAACUCCUUGAUUAUGUUCCGGAGUGAAAAUGGCUGCGAAAUGCCCGGUCGAGAGUUGGACCGAGGAGGUAGUUUGUCCCAUCUGCCAGGAUUUCUUCACCAAUCCGGUGGCGCUGGACUGCGGGCACAACUUCUGCCGCUCCUGUAUCACACAGAGUUGGGGCAGCGAGGGGAGAAACUCCUGCCCAGAAUGUAGAGAGGAAUUUACAGACCGCACCCUCAGGGUGAAUCGGGCCUUGGUUAGACUGUCUGUUAAAGCUCGAGCACUGAGCCUGAAACUCAAAGCGAAGAAAAGUAAAUUUCAGUGCGAGGAACAUCAGGAAGAACUGAAGCUGUUUUGUAAAACGGACAAGAAACUGAUCUGUUUGAAUUGUGCAACUGCGCGGGAACACAAGUCUCACGGCUUAACGCUGAUAGAAGAAGCAAUUGAAUUCUACAUGGAACAGGUGAAAUCUUCUUUCGAAUCUCUCACAGAAAAGGAAUCAGAGAUCCAGAAAACGGAGCAGAAACAGAAAGAGAGGAUUUCUGGAGUUCGGGAAGAGUCACACAACCUUCAGUCACUGAUCACAUCCCAGUUUGCUGAACUGCACCAGAUUCUCACUGAGAAAGAGCAGCGUUUACUCGGAGAUAUGCGGGAAGAAGAGGAGAAGAUUGUAAAAACAAUGGAGAAAAAUCUUCAAGAGAUACAAAAUAAUUUAAAUUCCAUUCAGCAGGAACUCUCAAAGUUACAUGAACAGAUAGACCACAAGGACGGUGUGAUAUUUCUGAAGGAGGAAGCUGGUCGCAAGAGCAGGGUUAGUGAUGAAGCCAACCCAAUGUGUGUGGUAGAAGGUGCGAUGCCGAUUGAAAAGUUUGAUCUCACUUUUUUCCACAACAUGGCAUUGAGAGAAACAUCUGAUAUCAUCAAACGAGUCUCCGUCACCCUGGAUGAGGAAACAUCGGGUCUGCAGCUCGAGGUGUCUGAGGAUCGGAAGAGGGUGAGACUGGCCGAGUACUGCAGGAAUCUCCCUGAAACCGAGAAGAGGUUUACAUACCUGGAGUGUGUGCUGGGAUCGGAGGGAUUCACAUCAGGGAGAUAUUACUGGGAGGUGGAGGUGGCGGAGUGUCGUGGUUGGAGUCUGGGGGUCGCCGCAGAGUCUGUGGAGAGGGGUGAAGCGGAACCGCUUACCAUGGAGACUGGAGUCUGGAGCAUCGGGCGGCAGGGUGACGACUUUGUUGCAGAUACCGACCAUCCAACCCCUCUCCCCGCCCGUCUCAUCCCCGGGAAGUUUCCAACCAGCUCCCGCUUUCCUCUGCUCGAGCCCCGACUCUUCCCUUCGCUUUCUCGCCGUUUCAGAGAAAACCGAGUGGCCAAAAACCAUUCCAAGCCCGCGGACACCAUCGGCUACUUCGUCUAUCCACUAUCCCUGUUUGUGCAUCGAAAUGGAAUAUUCCCUCCAAGAUCGAGCGCCCAACAAUGGACCAUUGUGGGCUCUUUGGUCAUCGGUGCGGCCUGUGAUCUGUUCUAUGCCUUUCCACACCUCUAG